AUGAUUGAUAGAGCCGCUCGAUCUAUUAAGCGAUCCCGAACGCACCUAGCGAUGCGUUUUAUGUUCCGUGUAAAUCCGUGCUUUUACUGUUUCGGAUUUCAAUGUGUUUUUGCAUUACUAUUGAUAAUUUUAAUAGCAUUAUUUUGCAAAUCAGUUAGCUUUAAAAUUGAUGAAUUUAGCCGUCUUUUGCGAGAAAACCAAAUUUUAAAUGAAAAGAAAAAUGUGAUGCCAUUUAUUGAAUGCACCUAUAAAAAAACGCCAGAAUUUUCAACUGUUCAUAUUUUGUAUUACUAUGAUAUUCUUUACAGUAGCUGUGGUGAAGAUGAUGAUUUAUAUGCUUUUAUUUCACGAUUUUAUGAAAGUACUUCUGCAAAUUCUCAAUGUGUCAAUCGUGUUGACUUGGCACCAUCAAUAAAUAUUACAAAAUAUCAGUAUAAAAUACUUCGUCCAAAAGAUUUUUUGGUAAAAUGUCCUAUAUGUGGUAUUAAAAGUUUCUUUGGCUGGAGAGAAACAUAUGAUAAAAACAUUGGUGAAUGGAGAAAUUGUGCACGUGAACUUAAGACAUACACACGUGGUUGGCCACAACACGCACGUUACUGUGAUUUUGAAGAUGAGCAUGACGAAGCUGAUUUUUGUCGUCUUCAUGAAUUACUACGUGAGAAGCUUGGUAUUAAAAUGGACGAAAGUAAUGAAUUAGAUUUUAUUGAUUCAAGUGAUUCAAGGAAAUUAUCUCGAGGACAAACUGCAAGUACCAUAAAUUCACAUUGA